UGUAAAGUAGUCUCGCCUAAAAGUCUUUUGGAGACGGUGACGAGAAAGGGGCGUGGAGAUAGUCGAGAGCAAUCAGUGACCCGGAUACAAGAGGCAGCUAGUCACUAGAGGAAAGGUGAAAGCGAGACUAAAAUUUCAUUAAUGCAGAGGAUUAUCUCCUUUCAGAUAUUUUAUUGCCGGACAGUCCUAUAGCAGCAGGGAGGCGAACCGUGGCAGCAGCGCUGGUGACGCUAGGCGGCUUGUCGUAUCCAGCCGCCCUACGUCAGCAUUCACUGACUUUUUACUGUCACGUGAGCGCUGCCGUUGUGCUGACCUCUGGUGGAAGCAAGGUUGUGGUGGGCCCCACGCAGGAAAUCCACUGCAGCCGGCGACAAGUCAAACCCGGACACAUACUCCACGAGACCAGGGAGCAGCACUGGGACUGGGAAGGAAAGGAAGGCUAUAAAUCCUUCUUGUACCUCCGCCACUGCUCACAACUACAGUCUGUUCUGUUGAAAUGGAACAGGGCGAUCCUACUCCCGCCGCCUCUGCCUGCAACUGCGACCCUGCCGCCGCACCACCCGCGUGGAUCCCGCUCCACGACCACGACGACACGCUACUACAGCAGCUCGACGCAAUUCUCCUCGGCAUGGACGACGACGACGUUGCCACCGCCGACGACCGCUGCUGCUCCGGCUGGCUCUCCUCCUCGCCCUCGCCCUCGCCCUCGUCCUCCUCCGAGGCGACGACAACGGCGUCACCACCGCCGAGCACGCGGGAGCAGCACAGGCGGCACGCGGCGAAAGACGCCGCCGCCAACGCCGCCUUGGCGGGAGGAGGCGACGAGAAGCGGGCGCUGACGACGGCGGCCUUCAUCGGGGUGCGGAAGCGGCCGUGGGGCAAGUUCGCGGCCGAGAUCCGCGACUCGACGCGCAAGGGCGCCCGCGUGUGGCUCGGCACCUUCGACACCCCCGAGGCCGCCGCGCUGGCCUACGACCAGGCCGCCCUGGCCGCGCGCGGCGCCGCCGCCGUGCUCAACUUCCCCGUGGAGCGCGUGGUGGAGUCGCUGGGCGCGCUCGCGCUCGCCGGCGCCGGCUCCCCCGUCCUCGCGCUGAAGCGCCGGCACUCCAAGCGCACGCGCAGGCGCAAGCUCUCCGCCGUGGCGACGACCGACGGCGACGGCAAAGACACGAUGAAGCAGCCGCGACAAUGCUCUGGGCUGCCCGUCGCCGUGCCUUCGUACACCACCGUGGCGGCGGUGCCGCCGCAGCAGCAGCAUGCGACGGCGCGCGGCCAGAGCCACACGCGCUACGGCGUCGUGGAGCUGGAGGACCUCGGCACCGAUUACUUGGACGAGCUCCUCCGGGUGUCGUCCGAGUUGGAGUAUUAGUUAGUUGACAUGUUCAAGUCACCGCAUCGUCAUCGCGCGCGACGACGCUACGUGCGUACGGUUCACCAGACCACCACUGCAUCGAGCCAAACGCUAUCGCACUCGAACGGCCACCCUAAAUUGUGCACUGCUGGUUGCUAUAUUAUAUGCAAAGAAGAGUAUAUAUAUAA